CAGUGUGACACAAGCAAGCAAGCAGGCAGGCAGGCAAGUAGGCGGACAGACAGACAGUCAGGCAGGCCCUAGUGCUCCAGGUUGUCCGGCAGGGUGCCUGCAGAGCUUCACGCGUGCUGUUGAUAUCAGGAUUCAGGAGCGUGAGGAAGCUGAUCGGCGGGCGAGCGGUGCAAAGCAAAGCAAACCAAAGCAGGGCGGCAAAUGAUUGUUUGCAUCGCUAAACGAAAGCUUCCAGAAUCACUUGAGCGAGGCUUUUGCCAUUUGGCACGAACAAGCUGCCGCUCGCUUUGUGGUUAUUUAAUGGGGCGGUAAGGUAGGCUCGACCGCGGCUGUCGCCAGCACUACAACUUUAUCUUCACCGACUAAUGCGACGCACAGGCAGUGUGUAAUUGUGUUUCGGCAAGGCAUAUCGCACGUCUUCGAGGAUCAUGGUGUUGUUUUUUACUGUACCUACCCAUUGAACGUGCGUUUUUGUUUUUGUUUUUUUUUUACUACGAAGUGCGCGGACGCUUAACUUCGAUCAGGCUUCCUCUCCCUAUGCUGAACUACCACAUGAAGGGUCGACGUCGAUAAGACUACAAAGGCCCCCCUCUCUAAUAUUAUUAUUACUAAUUUUUGCAUCAAAGUCACCUGAACCUACGUGGGGGAAAUGCCUUUGGGUUUGCUCUGGAUUUGUUUGUGGUGCUUUCUGCGUCCCGGAGCCACCGGCCAAGGACAGUCAACUCCGGCCGUUUGCUCCCCCUCAUGCAGCUGCGAUGAAGAUGGAGGUGCUGACUGCUCCGGGAGAGGACUGACCACCGUCCCGUCCGGCCUCAGUGCCUUCACCUACUACCUAGAUCUGAGCAUGAAUAACAUCACUGAGCUUCCAGCAAAUGUUUUCAAGAACUUUCCUUAUCUGGAAGAGCUGAGACUUGCGGGGAAUGACUUAUCCUUUAUCCACCCCGAAGCCCUGUCUGGACUACAUCAGCUCAAAGUCCUGAUGCUCCAGAAUAAUCAACUUAAGACAGUGCCUAGCGGUGCCUUGAAGAGUCUUCAUUUCCUCCAGUCUCUCCGACUGGAUGCAAACCAUAUUACUACAGUUCCAGAGGACAGUUUUGAGGAUCUUCAGCAACUGCGGCAUUUAUGGUUGGACGACAACAACCUUACAGAGGUCCCAGUUGGUUCUCUUCAGCACCAGGCAAACCUACAAGCGCUAACAUUGGCCCUCAACCGCAUCUCGUACAUACCUGACAACGCCUUUGCAAACCUCACCAGUCUAGUUGUUCUUCAUCUUCACAACAACAGAAUUACAGAGAUUGGCAACAAUUGCUUCACUGGUCUUGUGAACCUGGAAACACUGGAUCUCAACUUCAACAACCUGAUUGUAUUUCCCAAAGCAAUAGAUGACCUGCCCAAACUAAAAGAACUAGGGUUCCAUAGCAACGAUAUUGCUUCCAUACCUGAAAGAGCUUUUCAUAACAACCCCCUGCUGAGAACCAUACAUUUCUAUGACAACCCGCUGUCCUUUGUGGGUGCUACAGCUUUCCAGAAUUUGUCUGAUCUCCACUCACUGAUGCUGCGUGGGGCCGGCAUGAUGCAUGACUUCCCAAUCCUCACGUGGACAAACAACAUCGAGAGCCUGACACUGUCAGGGACCAAGAUAUCUUCUGUCCCCGCUGAUCUGUGUGACGACCUCAAGCUGCUAAGGACACUAGAUUUGUCCUACAAUGAGAUUAAGGAGUUACCAUCCUUUCAGGGUUGUGUCCAACUGCAGGAGAUAAGCCUUCAGCACAACCAAAUUGAGCAAAUAGGAAGGGAACAUUUUCAAGGACUUACUGUUCUCCGUUUACUAGACCUGAGUAGAAAUAAAAUCCAAUUCAUCCACGCUGAUGCUUUUCUCACCCUUGCUGCUCUCACUAACCUAGAUCUGAGUAUGAACUAUCUGACUACGCUUCCGACGACUGGACUGAGCGCCCUCAGUCAACUGAAACUCUCAGGGAACCCACAGAUGAAAAAUGUACUGACUGUGAACCAGUUACCCAAACUCAGAUCCAUUUCCGUCCCUUAUGCCUACCAAUGUUGCGCAUUUGUCGGAUGUGACUCGGUGACACGUUCUUGUGAGGAAAGUGACGUCAAGCAAUCUGCAGGCGAAGAGGAGGUGGAACGAAUUUCAAUGCUUAUGCAUUGCUCUCCCUCGCCAGGUGCCUUUAAGCCUUGUCAGCAUCUUCUCGGCAACUGGAUGAUUCGCCUGACUGUCUGGUUCAUCUGCCUGGUCUCGCUGUUUUUUAACAGUCUAGUACUGAUUGCCACCUUCAAUCCCACCCACUGCAACCUGGGACACUCCCACUGGUGGGCUCCAUCCAUCCCGCCAGCCAGACUGUUGAUGGGGCUUCUCGCCUUGGCAAACCUGCUCACAGGCCUGUAUGUGGGCGUGUUGACUGUGCUGGACGCUGCUACUUGGGGAUCCUUCGCUGAGUUCGGCGUGUGGUGGGAAAUGGGACCUGGCUGCCAGUUUGCGGGCAUUCUUGCAGUCUUCUCGUCAGAGUGGGCGGUUUUGUUGCUCUUACUGGCAGCAGUGGAGCGCAGCGUGGCCGUGCGGGAUAUUCUCAGCAAAGUGAUGUCACCCAGGAGGAGCGGCCUCGGCCGAAGAGGAUGCUGGAGACGAGAGCGACGCUUCGGCCUGGCCGCGGGGCUGUUAGCGCUGGUUGCCGCCGCUGCCGCUUGCCUGCCCCUUGUGAGGUUCAGCCAGCAGUCCGCCUCUCCUCUCUGCCUGCCCUUCGCCGGGGCCGAGAGUCCGGCCCUGAGCGUCACAGUUAUCCUGGUGCUGCUGAAUGCACUGGCUUACCUGUUCACGGCAGCUGUAUACACUCAGCUGUACUGCCAUCUCGGAAGGGUGGAGCUGGUUGACCCGGAGCAGACGGGUGCCCUCCGCCAUGUAGCUUGGCUCAUCUUCACCAACUGCAUCUUUUUUUGCCCCGUGGCUGCUUUCUCCUUCGCCCCCCUCCUAACGGGGUCCACCGCCGGAGGCCCCGAGAUUGCCAAAUCCGUCACUCUCAUUUUCUUCCCUCUGCCAGCGUGCCUCAACCCAGUUCUCUAUGUUUUCUUUAGCCCGGCCUUCAGGGAGGACUGGCUGAGGUUACGCAGCUGUGGACAAUUGAGGAGGGAGACAAAACAAACGGGAGGCGAAAAUCACAGAGACAAUGGAGGCGAAGACUCCGAGCUCACGGGUGGCGGCUCCUCCGCUCAAUUAAACUUUGACUGUGGCGUUUACUCUCAACUUUGCGGGGAGAUGGUUGUGUGUGAAGAGUGUGAGGCAACGCUGCAUGCCAAGACCUGCUCUUCCUGCUCGUCCUCCACCGUCUGCAGACACUUGGUGAAGUCUCACAGCUGUCCCACCCUCUUGACAGGCGUAAGCACAUGCCAGCGCGCUGAGGGUUUCUGGCCAGCGAGCGGUACGCCGUCCGCUCAGUCCGAGUAUGCAGACGAAGGGGACUCGUUUGUAUCUGACAGCUCAGACCAAGUUCAGGCAUGCGGCAGAGCCUGCUUCUGCCAGAGCCGAGGCCUCCCUCUAGUACACUACUCAUACAGCAUACCUCGAGUCAAAGACUAAGGCGCAUCGUCUGCACUGUCUGCGCAGAGAUCUACGUGACAUUAGUUCACCGGAGGACAAAAACAUUUGCCUUGGUCAAAGAUCACAGCAAGCACUUAGGUCUGUUUCCAGUGUGUGAACAGACGCAAGCACUCAUUUAAAGGGAACUCUGAAUUUGGUGUAUGUGGAAGAAAGAACUCUCAAAAGCUGGCCGAUGGACAUUGAGGAAGACAUCUCGCCACCUGUGCCUGCUUCUUGUGUUUGACGAGGCUACUUUGUGCGCUCCUGAGCUUUUGGAUUAUUCUCAACCCUGUCAAAUGUUAAAGCGCCUCUGCAGCCAAUGAUCAUUUUAUACUGUCAUCUUAUUUUAUUUUUUACAUAAGUGUAGCCAACAGGUUUGUGAAUGUGUAAGUCUGGUGGUCUCCACCUCAAAGGUGAAAUUGACGGAACUGUGUAAUAAUGGUUUGAGAGGUUGUCAGUCUCCUCUUAACGCUUGCUUGUAUUAAGUCACCAAGACUAAGAAUGUGAUUAAGUAGCAGAUAUCACUGUUUUGAGCAACAGCUCUCCGCUUGCUUGUUUUGAGUGCUGAACUUAUUUAUUGUUUGAGCGGCAGCAAUGUUUGGAUGGAGGUUGUGUCAUUUGUUGGAACGGUAACCUUGUUCAGUAACUAAUAACCAGCCAUUUUUAAAAUACAUUACCGGUACAUGUAAAUAAGGUCUUGUUUGCUCAUCGGACACUUCCAAAUGCCGUGUCCGUACUGAAGACCCCUGGUCGUCAUGCCAUAGAUUAUAAUCAAACGCCGCUCGUACUGAUGUUUUCAAGAUAAGAACAGGUUGCUUUAAUGCAGGAUCUUUCAUUGCUUUGCUGACCAAUGGGCACUUUUGUUUUGAAACUAGUCAGCACUAGCAAGACCGUUUUAGUGAAGUUAAAUGUAAUUGCGUUGCACGAAUUGCAACCGGUCCCUGUUUAAAUGUUUCCAUCACACUGAGGAACAUCUAAUUAGAUAAUCCCUUAAUUGAACAAUAAUUAUAGUCCACAUUGAAUAACAUAUUUGUUUGGGGCGUGCAGAGUCUAAAAUUAACACAGAUAAUAUAUGGUCAGAUAAGGCUCUUCAAAUCUACUCCAGUGUAUCAGCAACAUCAAUAUACUGUAGGACGUUAUCUUUUUUUCCCCCAAUCUCUCUUGUCUCUUACUGUACCAAACAACAUUUCUCCAGUGUUCUGCAUAUUAUUCUCAUUGCCAAGCAUCUUCAAAUGUGACUGUGUGAGAGGGCAAAGUGGAUUCCACCCUUGGAGCAUGUAUCGGCAAGUGCUCAGGAAUGUAGCCAAUGGAACGUUGUCUUCACCAUCAAGACAAUCUUGUGUCCUUGAGUGGAUGUUUUUAUUUUUUGGGGUACACGUCAGCAUUGUCUAGAAUGCCUUUGUUGUCUGUCGCACUUGCCAAAAUGUCCUUUGAUUGUCUCCUAUCCCAACUGGUGAUAAUCUACAGGUCUUUUUGUCGUUAAAUUGAUGUUUAUUAAGAAUCUAUAGAUGUUAAUGUCUAUUUUGUACCUAUCUAUAAAUUAUUUGAUCAAAUCGAAGACUGGGAUGCUACUCUAGGAAGCUACCUCCACCGUUGUAGUUAGCAGCAGUACUUUACAAACCACCCCCUCUUUUUUUUUUUCUUUUCUGUUCAUUUUGUUGGAAUCCCUGGCUUUAUGUUGACCCUUUUGUGCGAGCAUAAUGUCAAGUACUAUUUGUGGGAGGAAUCUAUACUGUAUACUGUGAUUUUUUUUUUUUUUUAACCAAACUAUACAGUAAGAAUUAGUUUUAUAGAUACAUGUUCUGAUGUUAUUUUCUUGGUUCAUUUCUUGUUUUUUUCAUGAGCUCUUCCCAGGCUGUAUUGUUUAAUCUGCUCAUGUAGAAAAAAAAUGUGAAUAAAUCUGUGCUAACUAAACAAA